GUACACCUUCACAGAGACAGACGGAGGACGCAACCCAACGCUAACACACCUACCUACCUGACUGACUGACACGGCUAAAACCUUAAUCAGAUCAGUGAUAUCUGUUACCAGCUGACCUCAUGACAGUCAUUGUCUCAUCAUCAUGACAUCACGCCACCUCUUCCUCCUGAUGUACCUCACAGCUCUCUGCUGCUACUGGGGAACAUCAGAUGCACAGCGAAAUGAGACCUGCCUUACGCAACAAAUGUGUACUCAGGCUGGGGAUCCUACCUCCAACUUCCUCCAGUGUGUGGGUCUGCCAGAUACAGACACAGGGAGAGACCACCUGCAGAACCUGAAGGACACCAUCGAUGCUGCCCUGGAUGUCUACUCCUUCAUGAGGUCCAGUCUCUCCCAGACCCCAGUGUUAGGACUAGAGCUGGGUAUCAGUGUGAACCCAGAGGCAAAAGCUUACCAAGAUGAAGACCUGAUAAAGGUGUGGAUGGAGGUGAAGCUGAAGCCGCUCCUCUCCAGCAUCUCCAGAGGGUUCCUGUCCUGCCUCAGCACCAAGAACUUCAGCUGCUCCACCUACCAGACCAUGGUGGAGGAGUUGAGUGAUCAUUUCUCAGAGAUGGAUCCGGUCAGACAGAGGUGGAUCUAUACGUUCUUCAUGUAUCCCUUCCUGUCUGGGGAGAGAGCAGGCUGCGUGAGGCCAGGGGAGAGCAGUGAGGACUGGCUGAUCAGGAACUUUGGCUCGUUUAAAGCCGUGGCUCGUAUGAAGGACUUCACAGCCCUCAACAUGGUCUUUAGCGGGUUGGAGGUGCUACACCUGUUAUCUCCGGAGCAGAAGGCAGAGUUGUUGUUGCGUCCGGAGGUGGAGGGGUUAGAGAACGGAACCCUGAGCCUGGUGUUCCACACCCUGAUGACAGAGGUCCACCCCCCCGUGGAGAACUCCACCUGGACGACACCAGGGUACCCCAACCCCACCUACCCCCCCUCCUACACCCCUGUGUACACACCCAGAUCCACGUCGGAUGACGAAUACUCACCCCGACCCCCCUCACCAAAGGAGAGCCUUCGAGAGGUGGUGAACGGGUUCAUGGGGGUCUUCAGGCCUUUCGGAAGCUUCGUCAGGGAGUUUGUGUCGCUCACGCACAAGAAGCCCCUGUCUGAGAUCAGGAGCACCACUCUAACUCAGGUUGUGUUGAACUGGACUCUGUCCGAGCUGGCUGGGAACUACAGGUCCCAGGAUGAUGAGCCACAAGACUGGAUGAAAGAUGUGUUGGACGUAGAGGUCUGGUAUGACCGUGUGGUGGUGCCUGUUCUCCGCCGUGUCCUGCCCCCCGGCCAGACACACAUACCCGGCAGCCUCAAGGCCGUCUUCCACAAAGUGUUCUAUCUGAACUCAGACAUGGACAGCAUGGACAAUGACACUAUGACCCUGGACGUAUGUAGCAUCACCCUAGAGGAGAGGUCAUGUGGGUUGACUAAUGCUGUGGAGAAAGUGGCUCGUGUCCUGCACUGUGUUGCCCGUAGCAACUUGACUAUGUCUGAGGAGACCAUCAUGCGUCUGGUCGUGGCGCUGACGGGGCGGCUCGACUCAUUGGUCCAGAAGUUCUCCACAGCGAACUUCAGUGAGGUGGCGCACCACUUCCAGGAGGUGUUCGGCCAGGCAGACUCCCCGGCUCUGACCCAGGAGAACCUCAACGACCCGGACUUCAUCAGGCUCUGGUUCCAGAUCAAACUGAAGCCCCUGCUUCCCUCCGUUCCCCCCAGCCUCCUCUCCUGCCUCAGCACCAAGAACUUCACCUGCCCCGUCUACCAAGCCCUUGUGGAGGAGCUGAGUAAACACAUAAAGCUGAUGGACCAGGAGGACGAGCAGAUGUACGAAAUGUAUGGUCACAUGAUCUACAAACAGUUCAUGUUUCCCUUCCUGCUGAAUCACAACUCCUCAGACCCACAGUGCAUCUCUUCGGCCAAUAGCAGUGCAGACUGGCUGAUCAAGAACUUUGGUGGAUUCUCUGCAUUCGCUCCUCUGAGGGAUUUAUAUGAUCUAAAUGGCGAUUUCUCUGCUUUGUCAGCCCUGGAGGUUCUCUCUCCAAAGCAGACUGCAGAGCUGGUGGUGUUGCCGCUUCCUGGUCUUGCAGGGAAAGAUGUCAUCAUCAACACAGUGUUUGACUACCUGACUGAGUCGCCAAAGGAGAGGAGACUCCCUGAGUUCCUGGACCACCUCGCCAGGCUGUCUGCGGAGAUAACGAUGCCCUGCAAAUCGUACAAAAUCAUCUUUGAGCGUCUGUACCAGGCCUUACCGUCCGUACCUCCAGAGAUGCAACCAGUCGUCCAGGCCAACAUAGACAACCUGAUGCAGACCGCUCCAGAAGGUUGUGGAUUGGAUGAACAGUGCCCAUCAACACCAUUUAAUGAUACCAGAGUCUGUGCUGGAGUCAACAGCUAUCCACUACAACACCACCUGCAAAUGGGGAAUAUGACAGAAGUUCUCUGCAAUUUCAGCUUGGAACAGUAUGCUUGUUCAGAGCUGAAAGACUUCACUGCAGAACAUCUGGUGUCUCUUCUGAAAUGUAAACUGCCCGGCAAUACCUCUCACUCUAAAGAGACCUGGAAGCUUCUCCUCACCAAACUGACCUCUGUCUUAGACGAAGCUCUGGACGUGUUCUCCAAUAUGUCCAAACCUGUCAUUGGCCCAGAAGUAUCCCAGGCGCUGGAUGUGAUUGGAGAGAUCCGGGUCAACAGACUGACUGAGGAUCAGCUGAGAGACAGUAAUGUCAUCAGGAAGUGGUUCUCAGGGCGUCUGAGAGCGUUCCUGCCGUCUGCAUCAGAAGGGUUUCUGCACUGCCUCAGCACCAAGAACCUCAGCUGUGACACGUAUCAGCAGAUACUGAGGGAGUUCAGCAAUCAGUUUGACCAAAUGGACCAGAUGAGACAAGAGCUGGUGGUCAAAUACUUCAUCCACCCCUUCCUGACCAAAAACUCCUCAGACUCUGGCUGUGUGUCCAACUCUAACAACAGUGUGGACUGGCUGCAGAACAACUUGGGGCGGUUUUCAGUCCUGGUUUCCAUCAGGGACCUGCUGGAACUCAACACAGGCUUCUCUCCUUUAUCAGCCCUGGAGGUUCUCUCUCCAAAGCAGACUGCAGAGCUGGUGGUUUUGCCGCUUCCUGGUCUUCCAGGGAAAGAUGUCAUCAUCAACACAGUGUUUGACUACCUAUCUAAGUCACCAAAGGAGAGGAGACUCCCUGAGUUCCUGUACCACCUCGCCAGGCUGUCUGCGGCGACUCCAGUCGGCUGCCCGGUCUACCAGACCAUUUUUGUGAGGCUAUACCAAGCCAUGUCAGCGUUGCCUCAAGAGAUGGAGCCAAUAAUCUGGGCCAGUGUUUAUGACCUCACAGAGUCUGCACCAAUGGAUUGUGCUCUGGUACCAGGUAACCAACAGUGUCCAGUGUCAUCUCACAAUGCAACAAGAGUCUGUGCCGGAGUUGACAGCUCAGCUCUGCAACAGUUCUUGGACUCUGGGAACUCGACGGGACAUCUAUGUGACUUCAGCAUCAAACACUACGCCUGCUCACAGCUGAAAGACCUGAAAGCUGAGAACCUGGUCACGCUGCUGAAAUGUAAACUAUCAGAAAACAACACAUACUCUGAAGAGACCUGGAAGCUGUUCUUCACUAAAGCUUCUGCAGUUCUGGAUCAGGCUCUCGUACUGCUGUCCAACCAGUCUGAGCUUGUGAUUGGCCCAGAAGUAUCCCAGGCGCUGGAUGUGAUUGGAGAGAUCCGGGUCAACAGACUGACUGACGAUCAGCUGAGAGACAGUGUUGUCAUAAGGAAGUGGUUCUCUGGGCGUCUGAGAGCGUUCUUACCGUCUGCAUCAGGAGGGUUUCUGCACUGCCUCAGCACCAAGAACCUCAGCUGUGACACGUAUCAGCAGAUACUGAGGGAGUUCAGCAAUCAAUUUGACCAAAUGGACCAGAUGAGACAAGAGCUGGUGGUCAAAUACUUCAUCCACCCCUUCCUGACCAAAAACUCCUCAGACUCUGGCUGUGUGUCCAGGUCUAACAACAGUGUGGACUGGCUGCAGAACAACUUGGGGCGGUUUUCAGUCCUGGUUUCCAUCAGGGACCUGCUGGAACUCAACACAGGCUUCUCUCCUUUAUCAGCCCUGGAGGUUCUCUCUCCAAAGCAGACUGCAGAGCUGGUGGUUUUGCCGCUUCCUGGUCUUCCAGGGAAAGAUGUCAUCAUCAACACAGUGUUUGACUACCUAUCUAAGUCACCAAAGGAGAGGAGACUCCCUGAGUUCCUGUACCACCUCGCCAGGCUGUCUGCGGAGACUCCAGUCGGCUGCCCGGUCUACCAGACCAUUUUUGUGAGGCUAUACCAAGCCAUGUCAGCAUUGCCUCAAGAGAUGGAGCCAAUAAUCUGGGCCAGUGUUUAUGACCUCACAGAGUCUGCACCAAUGGAUUGUGCUCUGGUACCAGGUAACCAACAGUGUCCAGUGUCAUCUCACAAUGCAACAAGAGUCUGUGCCGGAGUUGACAGCUCAGCUCUGCAACAGUUCUUGGACUCUGGGAACUCGACGGGACAUCUAUGUGACUUCAGCAUCAAACACUACGCCUGCUCACAGCUGAAAGACCUCACAGCUGAGAACCUGGUCACGCUGCUGAAAUGUAAACUAUCAGAAAACAACACAUACUCUGAAGAGACCUGGAAGCUGUUCUUCACUAAAGCUUCUGCAGUUCUGGAUCAGGCUCUUGUACUGCUGUCCAACCAGUCUGAGCUUGUGAUUGGCCCAGAAGUAUCCCAGGCGCUGGAUGUGAUUGGAGAGAUCCGGGUCAACAGACUGACUGACGAUCAGCUGAGAGACAGUGUUGUCAUCAGGAAGUGGUUCUCUGGGCGUCUGAGAGCGUUCUUGCCGUCUGCAUCAGGAGGGUUUCUGCACUGCCUCAGCACCAAGAACCUCAGCUGUGACACGUAUCAGCAGAUACUGAGGGAGUUCGGCAAUCAAUUUGACCAAAUGGACCAGAUGAGACAAGAGCUGGUGGUCAAAUACUUCAUCCACCCCUUCCUGACCAAAAACUCCUCAGACUCUGGCUGUGUGUCCAACUCUAACAACAGUGUGGACUGGCUGCAGAACAACUUGGGGCGGUUUUCAGUCCUGGUUUCCAUCAGGGACCUGCUGGAACUCAACACAGGCUUCUCUCCUUUAUCAGCCCUGGAGGUUCUCUCUCCAAAGCAGACUGCAGAGCUGGUGGUGUUGCCGCUUCCUGGUCUUCCAGGGAAAGAUGUCAUCAUCAACACAGUGUUUGACUACCUGACUGAGUCGCCAAAGGAGAGGAGACUCCCUGAGUUCCUGGACCACCUCGCCAGUCUCUCUGCAGAGAUGAUGCUACCAUGUGAUAUUUAUAAGAUCAUCUUUGAGCGUCUGUACCAGGCCUUAACGUCCGUACCUCCAGAGAUGCAACCAGUCGUCCAGGCCAACAUAGACAACCUGAUGCAGACCGCUCCAGGAGAUUGCCUGCCAAUAAAUAUGAAGUGUCCAAUAACACCAGCGAACGAUACCAGAGUCUGUCAAGGAAUUGUCAGUGAUGCACUACAAAGUUAUUUGGAGACAUCAAAUACAUCGAACGUGCCCUGUAACUUUACCCUGGAGGAGUAUGCCUGUGCAUCGCUGAAAGACUUCACCGCAGAACACCUGGUGUCUCUUCUGAAAUGUAAACUGCCCGGCAACGCCUCUCACUCUAAAGAGACCUGGAAGCUUCUCCUCACCAAACUGACCUCUGCCUUAGACGAAGCUCUGGACGUGUUCUCCAAUAUGUCCAAACCUGUGAUUGGCCCAGCGGUAUCCCAGGCGUUGGAUGUGAUUGGAGAGAUCCGGGUCAACAGACUGACUGACGAUCAGCUGAGAGACAGUGUUGUCAUCAGGAAGUGGUUCUCUGGGCGUCUGAGAGCGUUCCUACCGUCUGCAUCAGGAGGGUUUCUGCACUGCCUCAGCACCAAGAACCUCAGCUGUGAUACGUAUCAGCAGAUGUAUGUUUCAUAA